AUGAACACUAAUCCUUAUACUAUAAACAAACCACCACUUUCACAAGAAAUUUCAUCUUCUCUCUGUGAGUCUGCUAGUAGAUGUUUGUGUUAUGGGGAUGUUUUCAUGGAAUAUGGAGAAUCAGACCAGAAUAGAUUGGUUGCACUUAUGUUUAAUAACCUAUCCAACAAAGAAUAUGAACUUAGAUUAAACCGUACCAAUGCAGGAUCAAAAUCAAGACCUGACCUGUUAUGUAUAGUUAAUGAUGUGUCAAUCUUAAAUUCAGAAUUUAAGCCUCUUGG